CGAUUCGUAGGUUUGUUUCCGGAAGUCGUGUUGUUUUGUGGAUGCUUUUUGUGUUGACUCUGUAGCUAGUUAGCUAACUACCAUAACCUUGUUUUCUCUAAAUACCUCUGGUAUUUAUAUUUAUUCGAAUAGCUUCAUAUACAGUAAAUGCUACAACUUAAAUCUCGAAAUUAUAAAAAAUGUUAUCAGGACCGUCAUGGAGAGAGACAACUUCCAACAGUAGCUAGCUUGCUAACGUAAGCUAGAUAGCUUCCUAGCCUUUUGCUAGACUGGAUCGUAACACUGACUCACCUGAACAAAAGUAGCUAAACGUUACCAACUCUUAACUGUAGCUAGCUACACAUAGACAGUUUGCUAUGAUGUCUGAAGCCAUCGUAACCUUCCAGUCUCAGCUCUCCGGAGUCAUGGAGACGGUAUUCAAGGCUGCUAUGUACGAGAUCACCAGGCUGGUGGAGGAUAGCUUCCUCAAGGAGGUGUCCCGGAGCCGGCAGCAGGUCGAGUCACUCAAGAAGCGGCUGCAGUUGUCGGAGAACAGGCGUACGGAUGGGGACAGAGAGCUCGGCCGUACGGGGAAGUGUGCGGACUGUGGGAGAGCUGACGAGGAAGCCGAGGAGAGAAGCUCUGGAACCUCACAGACAGGUGUGGAGAGGGGGUGUGGCCUGAAGCAGGAGAAGGUACCAGGGGAGGAGUGGAGCAGCUGUGGGGGCGUGGCCAGGGAAACAACCUUCAAUGAUCUGGAGGAGGCAGAGGCAACCAGCCCUAGGAGAAUCUCUGAGUCCACAGAGGUCGGAGGUCAGAAGCUGGACAGUCUGCUGAAAGAGGAGGCUCUCCACAACACUGAGCUACAGGAGAGAUGGGAGUUCUGCCUGGAUGGGGCCGAUGGUUCAGACGUCUCGGGGCCCAGUAAGAGUUUUAUUCAGCAGGAUCUACAGCGGUGCCAGGAUGACUGGGGGUCCGCUCUAGACCAGGGGCCUGAACCACCGGGCCCCGAGGGAGAGCCAGAGGACCCCACCGACCCUCUCUACCGCCCCCGCUACAGCAUGGAGGACCUUGGGGGCGCCUUUGAGAAGUCUGGUUACAGCGGUGAUGGUGGUAGCGACCAUCUUCUAGACAUGGAAGGGCUGGAUAGGCUUCCUGGUUCUCCGUCUCGUCUGGGGGCGCUGAGCUACGGAGCUGUGGGUCACUACCAGGUGAACCUGGGGGGGUCUGAGGGGGGAGACCAUCACCAUCGCUCCCACAUGCCUCGCUCCCAUCAGAGCCGGAGGGAGCAGGUGGGGUCGCCAACGCCAUCCCCCCACCCGGAGGUGGGAGGCCGGAACUGCCUGUUGAUAAACGAGGAGGGGUACCUGCAGGACUCCAGUGUCUUGUACCCAGAACACGGGGUCCCAGAGUCAGGUAACAGAGCCGGCCACAGGGGGCUAACCUCCAUCCACUCUGGAAGCUCAGCCCACAACAACAACACAGAGAGCCUGUAUGGUGCUGCUGACGACUUUGGACUCUCUUUAAACCUCAGAGAUCGUUCACAAGAGCAGGUAACAGGAGGAGGGGGGAGGCGUCAUGCCUGCAAUCAAUGUACUAUGACCUUCCCAGACUUUGGUUCCCUCAAGGCCCACAAGCAGACACAUAAAACUGGUAGAGAGUCAGGGUCUGGGCCUCCAUACUCCUGCACCCAGUGUGGUAAGACCUUCACCCAGGCCUGCAACCUCAAGGUCCACCAGCGAGUCCACCAGGCAGAGGGACUCCACCUCUGCAGCCACUGUGGCAAGGGCUUCACCUCCUUCUCCGACCUGAAGAGGCACAAGUGCAGCCAGACCACAGACAAGCCCUACUGCUGCUCCAUCUGUGGGAACAAGUUCAGUCGGCUCUGGAACCUCAAGCUGCAUCAGCGCAUUCACACGCAGGAGAAACCUCACCGCUGCACUAUGUGUGACAAGAGCUUCACACGCGCAGACAUUUUGAAAGUGCACCUGCGCAUCCACACCGGGGAGAGACCUUACUGCUGCGCUGUGUGUGGACUCCGCUUCAAACGACUGGACCAUCUGAAGUUGCACCAGCGCAAACACAGGCCGGAUCUCCUGAACUGAAUAAAAAAAAGUUACAUUUUUGUUCUUUAGCAUAUGCUUUUAUCCAAAGCGACUUACUUUUAGUGCAUUCAACUUAGUUGGUUCGUUAUUAUUUUAUUUGACAUUGAGGAAAAAAAAUGUUUUUGAUCAAUUGUUUAUUAAUAAGGACAUUGAAAAUAUGAGCUGUUGGAAAUCUAACCAUGUGUCGAAUAAGAAUGUAUGCCUUAAAUGAUACAUUGUCUGUCAUAAUGACCAUGCCAACCUACCAAACAUUAGAAUAAUACUGCUUUCAUGACGUCUGCAGGGGUGUAAAGUACUUAAGGAAAAAUACUUUAAAGUACUACUUAAGUCGUUUUUAGGUGUAUCUGUACUUUAUUUAUGUUUUUUACAACUUCUCCUUUUACUUCACUACAUUCUUAAAGAAAAUA